AUGCAGCAAAUCAUUGCUUUAAUUGGUUUGUACAUUGCUGCGAUAGCUUUACCUAGUGUUCAAGGUUUCAAGCAUAAGACUCUCUAUAUUUCUGGCUAUAUUCCAAUCGAUACUUCAGCAUCCGGUGGUUAUAGUGCUAAAGGAAUGUUGUCUGCUGUUAAAAUGGGAUUUGAAGAUAUUAACAACAGCAGUAAAAUACUACAAGAUUAUCGAUUACAAGUAGAUUGGAGUGAUACUCAUUGCCUGGCCGGUUAUUCUACUUCUCUAUUCAUGAAAGAUAUAGCUCGCAAACCAACUAAGAUUAUGUUGGUUGGAGAUGGAUGUUCUAUGUCGACAGCGCCAAUUGCAGAAACUUGUCCUUAUUAUAAUUUACUAAUGAUAACGUAUAUUGCUGCAUCUCCAAUCUUAAGUGAUAAAAACCGUUACAAAACUUUUUUUCGUAUGGCUCUACCUGAUUCAUCGUAUAAUGGGCCUAGGAUUGCAGUCAUGCAGCGAUUUAACUGGACCCGUAUAGCUACAAUACAUCAGCUUGAAAAUUCUAACUAUUUCUCAUUGAUGACAACUGAUUUAUUAAAUCGUCUGAAGGACAGAAAUUUAACUCAUUCUAUCGUUGCGCUAGAGAGUUUUCGAGAUUCUCCAAGGGAUCAAGUUGAAAAUUUACUAAGAAAAGAUGCUAGAAUAAUUGUGGUUAAUAUGUAUUCAUCCAAAGCCAGACUGGUUUUCUGUUGGAGAUAUGUUUUUAUUCGAUGCGGAAGUACAUGCACCGCUCCCCAAUAA